ACACACGCUCCAGACCUGCCGGGCCCAGAGGGAAGGUGAGAGGGCGAGGAGUGAAGGUGGCUGGGUGGGUAUGUGGGUCCGUUGAAGUGAGCCGCCUCCAGCCCUGUUGAACUGGUGGGCCCAGGGACCAGAGCUGGACCGAGAGGGAUCUUGCUCUCCCCUGAAGCCUUGAGCUGUAGUGAUUUCAGAGUGUCUUCUCUCCUUGUGUGAGCCUGUCUGGGUGUUUAGACUGAACUGCAGCCACCCCUCUGCCUCGGGUGUGCAGGCCAGGGCCUGGCCAGGCAGCCAUGGCUGAUGAGAAGACCUUCCGCAUCGGCUUCAUUGUGCUGGGGCUUUUCCUGCUGGCCCUCGGUACAUUCCUCAUGAGCCAUGAUCGGCCCCAGGUCUACGGCACCUUCUAUGCCAUGGGCAGCAUCAUGGUGAUUGGGGGCAUCAUCUGGAGCAUGUGCCAGUGCUACCCCAAGAUCACCUUCGUCCCUGCUGACUCUGACUUCCAAGGCAUCCUCUCCCCAAAGGCCCUGGGCCUGCUGGAGAAUGGGCUUGCUGCCGAGAUGAAGAGCCCCGGUCCCCAGCCCCGCUAUGUCCGGCUGUGGGGGGAAGCUGCCUAUGACCAGAGCCUGCCCGACUUCAGCCACAUCCAGAUGAAAGUCAUAAGCUACAGUGAGGACCCCCGCCCCUUGCUGGCCUCCGAGACGGGACAGCCGAAGCUGGGAACCAGUGAUGGAGAAGGUGGCCCCGGCGACGUUCAGGACUGGACAGAGGCUGCCGUGGUCAUCCACAAGAGAUCAGAUGAGAGUGAAGGGGAAAGAGGGCUAACUCAGAGCUGCCUCGACCCCCCAGCCUUUCCUGAGGGCCCUGCCCCCUUGGCUUCCUUCCAAGAUGACCUGGACAUGGGCUCCAGUGAAGGCAGCAGCUCCAACACAUCUCCACAUGAUGGGGAGGAAGUUUGUUCCCCACAACAGGAGCCCUGGGCCUGUAGGUGCCCGCUGGACUGCUUCCAAGACUUUGCCCUGAUUGAUGCCCCAACGUUGGAGGAUGAGCCCCAAGAGGGGCAGCAGCGGGAGGUAGUCCUGCCCAACAACUGGCAGCAGUACCCAAGGACAAAGGUGGAGGAGAAGGAGGCUUCGGACACAGGUGGGGAGGAACCCAAGGAGGAAGAGGAGGACCUGUACUAUGGGCUGCCAGACGGCCCCGGGGACCCCCUCCCAGACAAGGAACUGGGUUUUGAGCCUGACACCCAGGGCUGAGGUGGUUGUGCUCCAUAGCUUCUAGUCUGGAACUGCUGCUAACCCCUGUGUGACAGCACAGGGCCUCAGUUUCCCUAUCUGCAAAAUGGGAUGAUAUGGAGGUUCAAAUGAGGUGGUGGCAUUUUGAGGAUGGUAAAGAAAUGCACAGGGAGGGGAUGAUUACUACCAAAGGACUGUUGUUUUUCUAAUAGUUGUCUUCAGCCAGCCUUUGAAAGCAAAAUGUGAUUUGUUGAGGUUUGCAGCAGCUGUGGCCCUCAAAAGCAUUUUCCACCUCCCCCCAAAGCUGGCCUCUGACAGGGACCUUCCUUGGUGCUUCCCCUGGGCCCCUGAUCCUUUGUGAAGGCCUCUCAGGGUUCCCGUUACUAUUGUGUCUUAUAGUCUGCUUGGUAGAUGGCAUGAUCCAUCUUCAUGCAAAGGGAGCCUCAUCUCCUCCUGGGCCACAUUCCUCCUGCAGCUUCCAUUCCUCCUUUGCCAGGACCCUAAACCUCCUGUGACUGACCCCUGCUGACCUCAUUCUCUCUGCUCCUCCAAUUCCUAGCCUGGCCCCCCCACCCAUCUUGUGGCUCACAUUCUUGCCCAAGCUGUUCUCCUCCACCAGGAUGCCCUUGGCUCCCUUUUCAGCUUGGCAAAUUCAUACUCAUCCUUCAAACCUCUGCAAAAUUGGCCCCCCUCGGAAAGGUUUUCCUGAUGUCACUGCCUCCUGGAACCAAGCAGUCUUGCUUUUCUGCACUGCCUCUGGGACCUGUACAUUUAUCAAUGUGGCAUGCCUGCCUGCGUCCCAUAAAGGGCAGCAUCUUGACUUUACCCGCCUUGGAAAUCUCCUGUGCCCAGAUGGGCUUUUCUGGCCUGGCCCAGAACUGGUGGUCAUCAAGGGUAUACAGAACUCACCAGGACCCAGGAACCUGUUGCAGAUAACAUCACUCUCCCCCACGCUCCCAACUUUUAGACUCACAGCCCUCUUAAUCUCUGGAAUUCAAACUUCUAAAUGGUCUGCAUGUAUUCACAAAGCAGGCAAAAAGCCCUCAAAGGAACCCCAUCCCCAACCCCUGCCUGUGGAAUACAUUUGCUUUGACUUGGAAUUUUAGGUGAAAUUCAGCUUC